AAGCGCCAAGCAAGGGGUAUUCAUUGCCUGAGGAUGACUAUUCACCACCGAAGGCUUCGCAUGAUAAGUCGAAGCAAAUGUUUGCCGUUCCGAGCCCGUUCUACGACCUCCCGCAGAAGGAAUACGUGCCACCACAGAAGGAGGGGUAUCCAGAGCAUAGUCGCACUUACGACCUGCCUCAGAAGGCACCGGAGCAGCAAUACCACGCUCCAGACACCUCCUACAGGGAACCAAAGCAGAUGUACAGGGAAUCGACCGACUAUGAGGACUCCAAUGUGCAUCAACAACCGCAUGAUGGAUAUGAACAUCCCCAGACCAAAUACACAAAACCUGAUACGGUGUACAAAACACCAGAUGUCUCCUACAAGCGUCCGAAUCCAUUCUACGAUCUUCCUGAGAAGACCUAUCAAAAGCCAGCCAGUGAAUAUGAAUCUCCGCGGAGUGAUUAUAAGGCGCCCAACAAGCAGUAUGAUCUGCCCAAUAGAGAACAACACAUGGUGCCGAAAGAGGAUUAUCAUGAACACGAGAAACCCACAACAGAAUAUGACCUACCGAGCACACAAUAUCAGUCCUCAAGCACAGGAAAUGACCAUCAGAAAGAUGCCGCUUAUGAUUACAAACCGCCAUCGAAGCAAUACGAACUGCCGAAUAUUGCAUACAAGCCUCCUCAAACGACUUAUGGCCAGCCAUCAGCUUAUGAAGCACCAUCGGAAGAUUAUGAGAAUCCUUCAACCAACUACAAGACUUCAGAGAACACCAAUCCUUCCAAGACAUAUGAUACACCUUCAACCCAAUACGACUCGCCUGCCAUGAGCUACAACGCACCCACUAGGGAUCGUAAGCCGUCGGCGAAUUACGAAUCCCCUGUAACAAAGUAUGAUGCUCCUUCAACCAUGCAUGACGCCUCAGUUUCGAGUUAUGACGUCCCCGCAACAAACCACAACUCUCAACCAUCACACUACCAAGCGCCCUCAAACAACUACGAGGCACCGUCUUCCAGCUAUAAGGUGCCAUCUAAGGAAUAUGACAAAGCUCCUGUGGAUUACAAAGAACCUUCCGGAUACCAAAGUCCCUCUUCAAUGCCAAGGAUACCGCCAUCGGGCCACCGAGUCCCUGAAUCUCAAUACGAAGCACCAACGUCACAGUACAACGCACCGUCCUCCAACUACCAGGCUCCACCGACGAAAUACGAAGACCCUCCCUCAAAAUACCAAUCACCUAUGAAGAACCCAGUUCCAGAUUCCAACUACAACCCACCCACAAGCAACAACGCUCCGUCUUCGGGCUACAACGCACCAUCAGGUGACUACGCAGGUCCUUCUCGCGACCACGAGGCACACAUGGUCGAGCAGCAUCCUCACCCUUCGCACGCCUCUCCCUCCCAGUAUAAUAACCCGGCCCCGCAGUUCUCUGAUGACGGCAGGCCUGGUGGCCAGUACGACAGACCGCGAAACCAUACCCGUCACUACGACAACGGCCGGUACCGAGCAGAGUUCCAGACGAAGGGACCGUACUGGGACGACCAGCGCAGCCACGCGGACGGCACCGCCGACCACGACGAGAGCGGCAGACCGCGCUACUCGCCGGGCUUCAUCCGCGCCGGCAAAUUGUGGGGAAGCGUGCCAGGCACCACCGGUCUGGACUACCCGAACCUGACUCAGGUGCCACUGACAAGGUUCACCUGUAAACACCAGUACCGCACCGGAGGCUACUACGCUGACGUCGAGGCAGGAUGCCAGGUGUUCCACAUCUGUCAUCCGGACGGUCGCCAGGACUCGAUGCUCUGUCCCCCGGGCACCAUCUUCAACCAGAAGUACUUCAUCUGCGACUGGUGGUACUCGGUCAACUGCGCCGAGUCACCCAGCCUGUACGCGCUCAACGAGAUCCUCCACGGCCACACCGUCGCCGGAGCUCAGAGGCACUGAAUGACGAAAGUCGCCACAGGUGUCGCUAG